AUGCCUCUCGAGUUUACUUCGAUCCCCGGCCAGGGGAAAAAUCCUGGCCACCCCUCCUCCACCCCUCCCAUCCCCACCACGGGGAGUCCGCCCUUCCAGGUGGACACUCCGACCCCGGCCGCGAGGUACCUAGUUACCAAGGGUACUCCCGUUGGCACCGACUUUCUUGCCCUCGCCCCCACCUCUCCCUCUCUCCCUCUCCCUCCUCCCAGCACUCCCCUCGGCAGCUUUCCUGCCACCAUCGCCGCUCCUCUCGCCGGUUCGCCCGCUGGUCCUCCCGGAGGACAUCCUCGGGACAUCCUGGGGAUGCUCCAAAGGGAGCAGACAGCCCUGGAGAAGAGUUUUGUGGAGGGGAAGAACGCCUGGGGGUACGUGAGUGUCCCCCAUACCGACAUCGUUCGGUAUGGUGAGGUCCUCGCAAACCUCGCCACCGCCGCCGCCACCAACGCCCCUGUCGCCCCGGCCGUCCCUAUUGUCUCUCCAGCGCUGUCUUCCGUCUCCGCCGCCUCUCUCAACAGAGAGAAGGCGAGGCUCGCCGACUUCGAGAAGAUCCUCCGCCAGAGGGAGAAGCGGCUUCUCCAGGCCGAGGUUGAGGCGAAAGCCUCCCUCGAUAGCCUCACCAGAGCUAUCGAGGAGAAGAAGCACCAGCUCACGGGUCUCGAGUCCCGUGAGGCGGAACUCCUCCAGCGGGAGGCUGUGGCUGUGGAGAUAGAAACCGCUCUCAAUGAGCGGGAAGAUGCCCUCACGGCUGGGGAGGACGCCCUCGACAAGGAAAAGGAGGAUUUGGAGGUGAGGGAGAAGGCUGCCGCUGCUAUUCUUGAGCAGCAGAAGAUUGUCGAGACCCAAAAGGUCACCCUCCGGCUUUGGAGGGAGGAUUUGGACGACGAGAAUAAGGCCCUGGAGGCGAGGAAGAGGGAGCUGGAGGAGGAAGAGAAGAACCUGGAGGAGAAGAAGAGAGCCUUGGAGGAGAAGGAUAGACGUCCCCCGGAGGAGACGGAGCUGGGGAAGAAGGAAGAGGGGUUGAGGAUGAGGGAGGAGGCGUUGAAAGAGAAGGAGAAGGCGCUGAAAGAGAAGGAGGAGGAGUUGAAGAAGAAGAACAGGAAUUUCGUCGCCGUCAACACCAGCCUCGUCAAGAAGGACAUGGAGAACGCGGCAAAAGAGAAAGAGAUCGAGAGAAGACUGGCCGAGAUGGCGGAACGAGAGGCCGAGAUGGCGAAGAGAGAGGCUGCCCUCGACCCCCGGUCGGCAUAUCACAGCCUUCCCAGCGGCGGUCAGACCACCCCCCAGUUCGUCGCCGAUAUGGAUCAGCGGGUGGUGAUCGGAUACGACCUCGGCUGGCAAGCCGCUCUCCCCAUCGGGGUUGAGCAAGGUCGUCGAGCCGCCGCCGCCCAGACAACAACGAUGCAUAUCCAGCAUCAAGAAACCGUCCUGGCCAGAAUCCGGAAUAUGCUCGCCUGUUUUGGCGCAGAGAGGAUGGAUUUGGACGUGAGAAAGGAGUUUAAGACGCUCCAGUUGGUUAUCAAAUCCAACAUCGACGUCGAGCGUAUCCACGCCGACAGCAUCGAGAUGACCGCGGACGAGAGACUCGAUGCCAGCAUCCCCAAGCCCGGCAACAAGGUCUGGGAGUUUAUCAGGGUAAUGAAGAUCGAGUGUGGCUGCCCAGUCUAUUACUACUUCCCCGCCCACCCCAAGUCCGGCCCCCAGCCCACGGCUGGAAUUGUGAGGCCCGCCCCUCAGGGGGAAACUCCCCAGUCUUUGGGAGUGGCGCCGGUGACUAUCGUCGGAAACACUUACAACCUGCCUCCCGACGCCCGGGUCGUCUUCACCGCCCCCGCUGGACCCGACCCUGCCCUCCUCGCCGGACCAAUCCCCUCCCUCAAGCUCACCGCACCCGGCGGCGUCAGCCGCACCAUCACGGGGACGCCAGGCCCGAACGAGAGACGCCGCGUCCGUUCUGGAACCCCCUCCCCGAGGGCCGAUACCAAGAGAGCCCGGUCUGGAUCCCCCCCUCCGGCCCCGGCCCCAGCCCCGAAGAGAACCCGUGGUCGUCUCCCGAAGAACAAGAACGUGAUCACCGUGACGACGGUGACAGACCCUCCUCCCGCGCGCCCUGGUCGGCCUACCGCUGGUGGGCUGCGACCUCUGGCUGCUGCUCCCGCCCCGGCGGUUACGACGGCAACGACGGUGGUUGGUACAACCACAGCUCAGGAAGGAUUUACCUCCUCAGCUUUUGCCCCCGCUCCCGCGGCUGCGGCUCCCGCUCCCCCGACUGUAGGGGUUGAGCAUGACGCCGAUGUUACCGAGUCUGAUGAAGAGCAGGACCAGGUGGUGGUCCAGAAGAAUGAGGAGAAGAAGGCAGGUAAGACUGUACAUGAACAGCUUGGAAGAGAAGAUGGACGCGAGACUAACAAUGAAGAACAGGCCCCCGGAAAUAUCGACGACGAGAAAAAGAACGAGGAUGAGGAUGGCAUGGAUAUGCACCUCGCUGCUCCGGCUGGGUGGAUGGAGCGCAAGAAUUGA